AUGUGUUCUUCAGAAGACGAAGAUUUCGAAGAUGACGACUUUUCAGACCUUUCGAUAGGUUAGUAAAGUUAUCUUGUUUUAUAAGUAAAUGCCGGAACAGCAUAGCCAUACGAUCGGCGAGAGAUGUGUAUUGUUGGCGUGAGUGACUAAGAUCAAAAGCAAGGAGUUCGUUAGUGGUACAUUUGAAACUGUCAGCUAACUGUUAGCCGAGAAUAUUGACAAAGAGUAUGUUUUCAUGAGUCACUCUAGCUCGCCUUAGUUGAAUUCAUUGCUUCUCAGCUUUAUCAAGUACUGUAACUUCCUCAUUUAAGCCUCAUUUAAUAAUUAUACAAAUCAUAAUAUUUUUUAAUUCGGGCAAGAUACUGUAAAUUUCAGGCGAACUAGCUCGGGUUUCUGGCGACGUACAUGAACAAUACUAAAAGGAUUGGUUCUCGUGACAGGCGUUUAAAGGCGGAAGGGGAAGCGAAUCAUUCCCCUUCUCCUGCCCCUUCAAAACGCCGCAACACAGGCCGUCCGAAAUCAUAUUGCCAAGCGGUAAGUUUUAAAAGUUGCCUGGUCAGUGCUGCAGAUCCGCCGGUGUUUCCAGUGGCUUUAUUGGGAUAGAAAAUAAACAGCGGUGAUAAACGUCAACUUAUGUAUUUAUAUAACAACUUGACGUUUCGGAAAGGCUUGCUACGCAGGCUCCCGGGGGGUACUCUACAAAUUUUCAUGCGGGGAGGCUCCGCCCCGAGGUCCAACCCCUUACCCUCUUAUAUACCAUUUUUCACGAAAAAGGUACCCCUUUCUUAUACCUUCUAAUGACAUGGUACGACCUUCCAAGUACCUUGUUUAGAACUUUGCAUCCUUUUUGAGUGCUGUAAAUGAACUGCCUUUUAAAUAGAAAUCAAUCACAAAAAUAGAAAGUUUUCUCGAAUUUAUAAAGCCAUAAAAUUCAUCUGUUUGCCCUAUGGGCCCUUUCACAGACCCAAAUGACAAAUUUCCCUAUCCUUUCGUAUACUUCAACGAGUAAAAUCCCUAUCCUUUCAUAUGCCUGAAGCCUAAAAAAGGUGUCCCUUUCGGGCGGAGCCUCCCCGUAAAGGCCAUUAUAGGCAGUACCCCCCCUGGCACAGGCUACGCUUGGUUGAUUAAAAUGGUUAUUUUAAUCAUAUGGUAAUUUUUCUCCAUUGUAUUGUUUAUUUGUACUAUAUGUGAAUCUUCUUUUUCAAAGCACAGUGUCCGUAUUAUCCGGGUUUGCGUAUAAAGCGAGCUCUCAGAAAAAACGUCAUGGACAAAUGUUUAAUUGAUCUAAAGAAUAGAGCAGCCAUUUUUACAAGGAAACGUUAAUUUCUUUAUAUCUAUAACUUUAUUAAGUUCAUCCUUAAGAAACCUCGAGAUCAUUUAUCAUAGUUUCAGACUAAAACCAUCUUUCAAGUAUUUGUCUUGAAAUACGACAAUAAAAUCCAUGACUUUACUUGUAAUGGCGCUUUUAGUUUGUGACUUAGCCAAGUGGACUUAACAUUCGACGGAACGUUUAAAAGGUCAUUUGCUGUUUCUGAUAGGUUUUCAUUAGUAAGAUCAGUAUUCUCAGGGUGUUCAGUUAAACUCAGUGCGCAGAUAACCAGUGUCCGUAAAGUGAGGUUGACGAUGAGAAUAUGAGACUCGGGACAUAGAUAAGUGUCUGUUGUCCGUUUUAACCGGUGUCCGUAUUAAGCGGGUUAAGUUUAGAGAAAAUAUAUCAGCUUUUCGUCGGGACAAAGGAAACUGUGCGUUAUAUACGGGGGCUCGUAUUAAGUGGGUGUCCAUAGAGCGGGGUCCCACUAUACACUGAACAAUUGCAGCCCUGGAAAUUGUCACUGUUUUCAUGAAUGUAGCCUUGAAAACUGCAGCAACUGCUCAGCGCUGUUUUUUUUUUUACCUGAUACAAGCAUUGUUCAAAAUCGCGCAAAUCUACCUGCUUUUGGGAAGUGUAUAAGGCAAAAUUUUCUGGAAACAUCUAAGAAGUGGCAAAUUUGAUUUCAUUAAGUCCUGUCUUCAGUUCACGCAUUAACUAGCAAUAGUUGACAUUCAGCUGGCCCCGUUCUGUAUAUUGUAGGUCAAUAGUAUUCUUGGUCGUUGUGUAGCUCUUUGAAAUCUACCGACGCGCGAUUCAUAUUGAAGAUUUCACACAUAUUCCAUACAAUAGGGGAGAUAAAAACAGGAAAGGCAAAGGUUCCAUGCGCUGAUUCAGGUCGAUUUACACAGCUUUGAUCAAAAAUUCUCAGUUUCGAGAAUAUUUUAUUUCAAACCACAAGAAAAGAUUUGAUAACAAGUUGGAAUUUUUCGCUAUUUCUCUUCAACGUUUUACACAUACCGUAUUUACUCGAAUAGACGCCGCGGCGUUUAUUUCAUUUUUCACGAUCCAGCUGCGGCGUUUAUUCGAUGGCGGCGUCUAUUCGGGGGCGGCGUUUAUUCAAAAAUCACUUUAUUCAGUACUAAAUAUCGUACUACAUAUGAUAACUUUUUUACUGGGUAACAGUAAAACAAACUUUAGGCACGAGUCACUUGAAAGAGAAAGAGAGAAGUCGCCCUUGUAGUAUCAGCGAAGUUCUCUACAUUAACAGCAGAAUUACGCGUUGCAAAAAUUCUUGAAAGAGAACUUAACACAAGAGCAAAAUAGUACAAUCACUUUGAACUAAAAAAUGUUGUUCUAAAAGAAAAUAAAUUUCCAUUGCUGGUUUAAACUUGAAAUGGACUUUUCUUUACUAAUUAUUAUAAAUCAUUAUUUCCUCAAAUAAACGCCUCACCGUAGACGCGGCGUCUAUUCGGGGGCGGCGUCUAUUAAUAUUUUGAGUCUCCAGUGCGGCGUCUAUUUGAGGGCGGCGUCUAUUCGAGUAAAUACGGUAGUGCAAUUUAUUUGUCGGAAAGUAAGCCUUGGAAAUUCAAAGGUUUGAUCAAUUCACGCUCGCGCGUUCUAGUCAUUUUUGUUAACUAUUAAGACAAUAAUUCAAAAAAAAAAAAACAUUAUAGAAGGACUUUUGUGAGUAGGGAAUACUUGAGUUCAGCACAGAAUUUAAUUGUCGGUUAAUUUCUGUAAUCGUCCAUCAUUCUGCUAGCGAUAAGCUAGCCCGGCGUUGAUUCACUCGUUUGCAUAGGGAAACUUGCUUGUUUUUAGACUGAAUCGUAUUGGCAAAGAGAUUGUGUCUGGCAAGUCGUUUCCAAUCAAAGAUUUGUUAAUGAUAAACUCGUGUCUGGCAAACUCUUCAAGUGUUUAUAUGUGUCUUCCUAACGAUUUCGUACUAUGCGGGCGCGAACAAUAGAAACGCCAUCAUUACCCAACGAUUCCAUGCGGCCCCUGAUCAAGCAAAUCGAGAUUUCUUCUGGUAUACUGACUGCAUAUUUCAACUGUGAGUUCUUUUCUAUAGAUAGACGCGAGCUUCUAGGAUGCUAGAAAUUCUGAGAUAUCUCAAAAUUCGUCCCAUAGAUUUUGUCAAACUUCGCACUACGGAAGGUAACUUAACUUAGAACAAGCGCCACUGAAUCGUAGUGAACAGUUACCGGCACCGUACAAAAGACUUAUUGGCGGACUCAAGCCAAACUAACUACGAGAGAACGACUGGGCAACCGACGAUUUGGCUAACAAUAAAGUAAAAAGACUGUUUAGCUGUGACAAUAGAACGAUCGAAGCGCACCAGUGACAUCACGAGUCUUUAUAGCCAAUAACAUUAAGGCCUAACUGACAGACGACCAAUAACAUCGCGACUUAAUGGACUAAUCAGGUCAAUGAUCAGAGUUUAAUACCAUCAACUGACGUGAUACAACUCACUUUGUCUCUGAAGAUGACCUCCUCACAGGUCAGUCAGUCACUGUCAACAACAACAACAGUCCUAUUCAGGACUACGCUCACCCGGAAAAUCAUCGUCAACCUACUUAUGAAAUGACUCCUGGCUUCAAACCUUUCAAAGACACAUUUUUAUUACACGCAUUAUAAACUAUUUUCGGUUAAUUUUUCAGGGUCUUUAUUGGUUGAUGUUCUAAGAAGGAAACCAGACUUGGAAACAGAGUUAGCUUUGUGUCUUGACAGAGAAACAUGGGUAACGCCGAACUGGGUGCACUUAUCCAGGGAAGUAAAAGUUGACGAACAGGUCAUAAGUGACCUGGAAGCAUAUACUGACCGCAGUCCAACCAUCCGUCUGUUUGAACACCUUAAAUCUAUGUACGAAUCGUUGACUAUCCAGCAACUCAAACAAGCACUUUCGAACAUCAGAAGGGAUGAUCUGAGUACUCUACUAGAGAAAAAAGGUGAUGUCUAUUAGAUACAUGUAUGUGAAUAGGCGCUCAUUUUAAGGAAUAUUUUGAAAAUGCAGUAAAUCCUCUAUAAAGCCCCCCCCCCCCCCCCCCUCUCAAAUAAGUCCUCCCUUUUCAGGGGAAGAAAGUAAAUAAGUCUCCCUUGUCUAUUAAGCACCCACCCCUCCCCUGCCGUGAUUAUUCUUCACUAAUGAAUAAGAUACUGUAAAAACGACUGCAAAACUUCAUGUGGCGUCCCUGAUAUUUAAAAAUCCCCAAAGACGCAAAAUAAUUUAUGGUAUGCGUCCCGUAGGACGCAAAAAUUGCUCGAUCGAUCUGAAGGUGUUUUUGUAGAAUAUCCUGACUGUGUGAUUUCUGUGGCUGUUGUUUAACGGCGCAUAUUUCUUUUAGUCUUUGUCGUGCUUGACAAUAGAAGUUAUAUUUUUAUUUUAGUAAACUGUAAUACAGAGUUUUGGAGUCUGUCUUUAGAUUAACUGUGUGGUUACCGAGGCCCAGGGACUCAUGUUUUUAAACUGGGACUCAAUAAUUCUGGACUGAUGAUUUUUCGCAGGAUGAGACCCAGGACUCACCAUAACUAUUUGUAACAAAAUCACUGGUGUGGACUGAUCUAGGAGGUUUUUAUUCACGAGCUGAAAGUUCGGAUUUGUUUUUGAUCCCCGGCUUCAUGACCUCCAACUGUGUACUUGAACAUUUCCACAUUGCAUUUUAGUUUUUUAUGGAGAACUGCUUCCAUCGCCUAUGUUAGAUUAAAUAAGCCCACCCUAACCUGAGAUCAGGCGUUAUUUUAUUUUUCAAUUUUUUUUGGCUUCUUUGUUUCUUUUGGCUCGUGAUAGGGAGAGGGCAUGAUCUCAGGCUAAGCCCACCCUCACAAAUAAGCCCCCUGGGGGAUGAAACAACAAGUGUUAUCUUCUAUAUUUGUAUUCGUUGGUGUUGAGUCCUCGCUCGCAUAAGAGCGUUCUUCAUUUGUAUACAGCUAUUUCGAGAUAUUUUUAAAGGGCACGCGACAAUCCCAAGAGGUAUUGUGGGUGGUUUUGAGUUCACUGUUCUUCAAAGAAAUUUGCAAGAAUGUCACGAGAGGCCAUGGAAUUAUGUUUGCGAGUGCUAAAGGAAAGCAACAAUAGUAGUUCGACGAAGUUCGACAGCUGCAGUGUCAGGAACAGUGUAUGGGGCAUAUCCCAUAUUAUCUUUCGGGAUUGUCGCGUGCACAUUUCAUCGGUCAAUCUUUCUUGAAAUAGUUGUAUGAAGCGCACUUUCUACCCACUAUAUCGUUAAAGGAAAACUUUUACCCGCAAAUAACUCUCGUUAACCAAAAGUAAAAACAUAUUUUAUCUUUACUCAUUUAAUUAAUUUUUGGACGUUUUCAUACUUAACGAAAAACAAUCUACUCAAAACUGUAAUUUAAGUACAUUUGUCCCUUUUUCAAAAGGUUUCCUCAACUCUGAAGUGGUUAGCAGAGAAAUAACAUCACGGAAUUUAGACGCGUCUUCAGCAAGGUUUGGUUGUUUAGAUCAAUUAGCCUUAGAACUGGAUGGUGAAUCAUUGGUGUUAGGAAAUUGGCACAGCCUCGCUCAGAAACUCGGAGUUACAUUCACGUCCCUUAAAAUGCUUCAGGAAAAGAGUUACUCAAACAGAAAAGCAACAAGAAGGCUGUUUUCGUAUUUGUAUUUUGAUCCAUUGAUGACUGUAGAAAUCCUGGUGAAAGCCCUGGCAAAAAUGAAAAGGGAUGACGUGGUGCAAUUUUUUCAGGAAUCUUACUAUCUCGAUGAAACUGGUAAGUUUGAUGGUUAG